AUGUUUAAUUUGUGUUCGAAACUUGAAAUCAAAUGCGUUGAAUAGGUUUUAUUUACACAUUUUCUUAAAUCGAGACACAUUGAAUUUGGAUUUGUUUUUAAGCAAAGUUUUUACAUACAUAUUUCGGUAUAACAAUAAUGUACGUUUAUAAAUGUACAUAGAUAUGUAAAUAUGUAUGCCUAUUUAGACUUCAACGAUGUAAAAAUUACAUACAUACUUCAACAGAUCAUAAAAGCGCUUAAGAAAUAAAUUUAAAUAAAAACCAAGCCUGAAUAUCUGUAUAUAUAUAUAAGUGUGCGUAUGAAAUGUAUAGUACAACUUGGAAAUAAUAAAAUUACCUAAAAAGUAUGGCAUACGAACGGUUUGGUAUAGUUGUUCAAAAUGAACAAUACGGCGAUGAUUUACAAAUCCAACCAGAAGGCAUACAAAAAUUAAAUAUUGAAAACAUAAAUCAUGUUAUUCAGAAUGAAGUACUUAACACUAAUCAACAUGAAAAAAUGCAUUUGAGGCCGUCAGCAGAAAAUGAGUUCAUGACUAAAAUAAAAAAAAACUUAAAUAUUGUUCAUCAAAUGGAUAUCAAUAAUAGUAUUAAAAAUAUGGCUUAUGUCGAGGAAUAUGAUGAAAUAUCCAACACAAUGUUUAAUAAUAGUGACAUAGCAAGCAAUAACAGACUCACAUGCGAAGAUUCUACGACAAGCGAAAUUAAUACCUCGGGAAAAUCAAGAAGGUGGGAACAGAAGCUGGUUCAAAUUAAAACAAUGGAGGGAGAGUUUAGUGUAACAAUGUGGGCUUCGGGUAUAUCCGACGAUGAUGAAUACUCAGGAUCAGACCAAAACAUUGCUGAAACAGAAAUGUUAACAAAAGGAAAGGACAACAAAGAUGAGGAGUCCUUCUUACACCAAGGGGUGUUCUUGCGUGAAGCACAAGAAAUUCAUCCACAGAUGAUUGCAGAUGUUAAAAUUCUGACUGCAAAGAAUAUACUCAAUACUUCUCCAAGCUUGGUGGAAAGCACAGUCUUACAGGGUACUGAUUCCUCCUCCUCGAGCAAUCUUCAGUUAAUUAAUGAAACCGCCGCAUUAACAAUUAAUAAUAAUCAAAGAAUUUUAAAAAGUGAUAAUAACUGUCAGCCAAUUUCAACAUCGACUUUACCUAGUACUUCGGUGCCAAUUCUUGGUGUUAGUUUACAAGGAAGGCUACAGCCUAAUAGCUUAUCUACAUACAACGACAGCCUAGGAACACCUUCUGGAUCUGAUCUUAGUUUCAAUUAUUCCGAUGGGAGCAUAGCAACAUAUCAAAAUGAUAAAAAGAUUGCCUGUCCACAUAAAGGCUGCCAUAAAAAUUUCAGAGAUUCAUCGGCAAUGCGCAAGCAUUUGCACACACACGGUCCCCGUGUGCAUGUUUGUGCAGAGUGCGGAAAAGCCUUUGUGGAAAGCUCAAAACUAAAACGUCAUCAAUUGGUUCACACAGGAGAAAAGCCUUUUCAAUGCACUUUCGAGGGAUGCGGAAAACGUUUUUCCCUUGAUUUUAACUUAAGAACCCAUGUAAGAAUUCAUACUGGCGACAGACCUUUCGUUUGUCCCUUUGAUGCCUGCAAUAAAAAGUUCGCUCAAUCCACAAAUUUAAAAUCUCACAUAUUAACUCAUGCUAAAGCUAAGAGGAAUACUAUCAGCGUAACGCAUAAAAGCAGCAGUGAAGAGAACCCUACAAAUUACAUUAAGUCAGAAGUACUAGAUAGUAUAUCAUUAUCGAAAAAUAAUGUACCAUUUGUAGUUUAUGCAGACUGAAAUGUGUAUUGUAUACCACUCCUUUUCCAGUUUUUGAAAUAUUUUAUUUAAAGGUAUGAUUGACAUUUUAAGUAAAACAGCAGGAAAUCAUCAGGAUAGGUUUAUAUAUAUAUAAAACUGGAAAAUGGGAGCUUGGUACAUUAUUUGGAAAUUAAAAAUAAAUUAAUUAUGUAAUGUAUAAUAAUUACUUUGUAUUAAAAUUGUACACCUUUAAAGAAGAAAGAACAUCGAUUCUUUGUUGGGAUAAUUUUUUUAAAGUUAAAAAAAUAUUUGUAAUUUAUAUCCUUUUUGUGGAUAUAAUAAUUUGUAUUAUUUUGGGCGCCAUAACUGUCAGUUCGUUUUUACGAAAACUAUCAAUACAUGAAUAUUAAAGUGUGUAAAUGAACACCAUGUGGACGAUGAAUUCGGCCUUAGUACUGGAAAUAUUUUCUGAUUUUUUGAGUAAAAACAAUUGCAUUUUAAAAAUAACACUUAAACUUAAGUAUUUUCUAGACUAACGUGUAUAUUUAUCUAAACAUUUUUUUGCGAAUAAAAAUGCAGAUUAUAAUUUUAAAAGCGUA